UCCCGGUAGGUAGAGUCAAUCCGUGGGGGUUUUUUCUCUCUCUUUUCCAGGGAGAAUUCGAAUUCUCUCCCUCCCUUUCUAUCUACCUAUCUAUCACGUUAUCAUCAUCCAUUUCAAAAACAAUAAUAUGUUCUGGCACGCCACCUUCACCCUGCUCGUCGCGCUGGGCGUGAGUCCCAUCCGUGCAAGAAGCUCGCUAUCGGCCAUCAGCCAGGAGAAAUGGGACGCGCUGAGCAAGAGCGUCGGGGGACGGGUGCACGACGGCGAGCCGUUUCUGGCGCCCUGCUACGACAACUAUAAUGGCAAAUUGAAGGUCCCGGAUUAUGCGGAGUGCACGCUGCUGCAGAGUAACCGGUCCUCGAGCGUUUUCAUCGCGGGGUAUUUUGGGGGGUAUCAGAAUGCAAACUGGGGCUCCUGUCAAGCAACAGGCGCCGCCUGCGUGCUGGAUACCCUCAUCAACCCCGACCUGUCCUCCCCCGUGGCGCUGAAAUGCGAGCAGGGCAGCGUGCCGAAUAAGUACCUCGAGGUGCAGAGCGUCGCGGAUGUGCAGGCGGGAGUGAACUUCGCGCGCGAGAAUAAUCUGACGCUGGUCAUUAAGAACACUGGCCAUGAUUACAAGGGACGCAGCUCGGCGCCGGACUCGUUUGCUUUGUGGACCCACAACUACCAACCCCCCCUCCAACUGCAACAGAACUUUAUCCCGGCGGGUUGCUCGUCCGCCGUCGGAGACGUGAUCACCUUCGGGGCCGGACAGCAAUUCGAAGGGAUCUACGAGUUUGCGCACGAGCACAACUACCGCGUGGUGGGAGGAACGUCCAACAGUGUUGGAGCGGCGGGUGGAUGGAUCACCGGUGGAGGCCACAGCAUGCUGUCGAACGAGCUCGGCCUCGGAGUCGACAACGUGCAACAGCUCAAGGCCGUCCUCCCCAACGGCACCUACGUAACGGCCAACCGAUGCCAAAACCAAGACAUCUUCUUCGCCCUGCGCGGUGGCGGCGGGGGCACGUUCGGGGUGGUGAUGGAGAUGAGCACACUGGCGCACCCCGAGAAGCCCGUGCAGCUGGCGGAGGUGAUCUUCGCCAGCAUGGACAACGAGAGCGCGCAGAAAUUCCUGGACAUCCUGGUCGCCAACGCCGACAGAUGGGCCUCGGAGGGAUGGGGUGGCUACAUCUCCCCCGGCCUGCUAGGCAACCAAGUAUCCAACCUGCUCCUGGCCACCUCCCUGCUGAACCAAACCGCCGCGGAAGUGUCCAUGAAGCCGGUCCUCGACUUCGCGCGCCAACAAGGCACCAUCGGGAUCGCCAACGUCACGACCAGCCCCACAUACUUCGCGAUGAUCAAAGCCAUCGCCGCCGCGGCGGGCCUCGACCCCCUCUCCUCCAUGGCGAUGUCCUCGCGCAUCGUGCGCCGCGAAUCCUUCCUCGGCGCGGCCAACCAGACGAAACUCUCCACCAUCCUCAACGACAUCCUCACCACCAGCCAAAAGAGCCUGCUGCCGGACAUCUCCCCGCUCUUCAUCAGCGUCACCUCCCCCACAAUCUACUCGCAGACCAUGCCGGCAUCCGAUCAACCCGGCGGGCCCGGCGCGUCGUCCGUGACGCCCGCAUGGCGCGACGGCAUCUGGCACGUCAUCCACCUCAGCCCGUUCGAUGCCAUCAUCACCGACCCCAGCAUCGUGAAUGGCAUCUGGCAGAAAGCUCACGAUACGAUGAACCCGCUGCGCGAGUUCACGCCCGACUCCGGCGCGUAUCAGAACGAGGCGGAUACGUUUGAGAAUGACCCGAUCAGUACCUUCUGGGGCCGGGAGAAUUAUGAGCGGCUGUUGAGGAUUAAGAAGGUGGUGGAUCCGACGAAUUUGUUAACCGUUCAUCAGGGCGUGGGGUGGGAUCGGACUGAGGAGAGGUUUCAGUGUUAUCCGGAUGUUUCUAUCUAGGGAUCGGUGGAUGAUGGAUGGCCGAAGUUGGUGUUUUGUUUUGUUGUUGAUUUUGAAUUUGGUGCAGAUGUGGGCUUGGAUUGUAGGGUAGGCUGUUGUUUUUUUCAAGUUUUUCAGUACAUUGAGAUUUUUCCGGAG